GACAAUUUGAGAGGAACUAUUAGUUAGUUACUUAUUAGCUAGCUAUUAAUUUGUCAGCUUCCAUAUUUAAGAGCUUGAGCUUUGAAAGUAUGGCACAGUAAACUUUGAGUAUUUUGACUUGAAAGUGCAAUGAAAGCAAGGAAAGGAAAACGUUCAGAGGUGUUUUGGCCCUCCACAGUGAUGAAGAAAUGGCUGAAUAUAAAGCAAAAGGUUUAUGAUUUUAGUGAAGAUGAAGCUGACACUGAAACUGAGAGUGAAGAUGAUGACACAUCUUGUAAGGGAUACAAUAUGAUAAGACGACACAGAAGAGGAAAAUCAGAAACUUUGCGUGCUCAAUACAUAAAUACGAAGGAAGUGAGGGUAACAAUUGGCACAUGGAAUGUUGCUGGGAAACAUCCAUGUAAUGAUCUUGAAAUUGAGGGUUGGCUUUGUACUGAGGAACCAUCAGAAAUUUACAUUAUUGGUUUUCAAGAGGUAGUACCAUUGAAUGCUGGAAAUGUGUUUGGAGCAGAGGAUAAUAAACCAAUCCCAAAAUGGGAAGAAAUCAUUCGGAGAACUCUAAACAAAUCUUCUGAACCCGAAACUAAACAGAAAAGCUAUAGUGCCCCUCCUUCUCCUAUUAGAACAAAUUCUUUCGAUACACAAAUUAAUCCACUAGAAAAGGAGGGAGAGAAAAGCAUAAUUGGUAUAGAAAAGAAUUUUGAAUUGAGGAAAAUAUAUGACAUUGAUCUUCAAACGAUACUUGAUUGGCCUGAACGUCCAUUGGAUGCAAUUCAUGAUGUUGACUCGACUCCAAAAUUGCGUAGAGUACUAAGCAGUUCAGCUAGAAUUGGCUUAAACCUUAUGGAUAGUGCUUCCUUGUAUGGUUAUGGAAUGAAGCGUUCACACCAAAGUUCUGGAAAUUUGAAUUUGUUAUGGAGAGAAAAGCAACAAGAAAUGAUGCCUAAAGUAUUUGAUUCCCUUGCUGAUGUAUCUGAUGAAGAAAAUGAUACUUUUUCCGAAUUACUUAUUGACAAAGAUGUUAAUGGAAUAGGAAGUGUGAAAUCACAGCCUAAGUAUGUUCGGAUUGUGAGUAAGCAGAUGGUAGGAAUAUAUGUGUCUGUUUGGGUGCAAAGGAAGCUGAGAAGGCAUGUUCAUCAUUUGAAAGUUUCUCCUGUUGGAGUUGGUCUUAUGGGAUACAUGGGAAACAAGGGAUCUGUUUCAGUUAGCAUGUCCGUUUUUCAGUCACGCAUGUGCUUUGUUUGUUCUCAUCUGGCUUCCGGUCAAAAAGAUGGAGCGGAACAAAGAAGGAACUCAGAUGUUCACGAAAUUCUCCAACGCACUCGCUUUUCAUCAGUCUUUGAUACAGAUCAACCACGAACAAUUCCAUCGCACGAUCAGAUUUUCUGGUUUGGAGAUUUGAAUUAUCGUAUCAAUAUGUCGGAUGGCGAGGUUCGGAAGCGAGUAGCUCUGAAGAAGUGGGAUGAACUCAUGAACUAUGAUCAGCUAAGCAAUGAGUUGUGUAGGGGACAUGUAUUUGAAGGAUGGAAAGAGGGGCUGAUAAACUUCCCACCUACUUACAAGUAUGAAGUUAACUCAGAUAAAUAUGUGGGUGAGGACACACAAGAAGGGGAAAAAAAGAGAUCUCCAGCAUGGUGUGAUCGCAUAUUGUGGCUUGGAAAAGGAAUAAAGCAACUUAAGUAUCAAAGUGCAGAAAAUCAGCUUUCAGAUCAUCGACCAGUUAGUUCAAUCUUCUUGGUUAAUGUUGAAGUAAUUGACCACCGGAAGUUACAACGAGCUAUAAAUUUCGCAAGUGCAGUUGUACAUCCUGAGAUUUUCCUUGAAGAGGACAGGGACUUGGCAUGUUAGAUGCCAUAUAUAGCAAAAAAUUGUGGUAUACCGAGGGAGUUAUCAUUUUGGUUUUGAGGUUGAGUUGAUAAAGAAAGACAGCUAUGGUGAACUGUUUGUAAACUGAUUUGCACAAUUAACAGUUCCAGUUUGCUAGCACAAACCAUCAAGCCUACUUUUUGAGAGUAACACUCUGAAUAUGAAUUAGUUAAGUGAAAGUUUAAAACAGAAAAAUGUGUAUAAAUUACUGUUUUUUUAACCGUAAUAUGUGUUGACCAUUAUACAGUUUUGGUCCCAUCGGUUGUGAGUGUAAUGAGCUCUUCCAUAUUUUGACUUGUAAACUUUUUGUUACAUUAGAUUCACUCAUAAAGCUGGUAUGUUAGUAGACUUAACUAAGGAAUGUCUUGAGAUAAGAACAGUUUUACUACACUGCUUGAAACCUCUUAGUACUUCAGAUAAGUGAUCAAUAUCAAGUUAUUAACGGAUCCAAUCCUAUCCUAUGAAGCACAUACACUACUCGGAUUAGACGUGUUCCGGACACAUAUAAUUACAUUGAAUUAUCUGAUUUUAUAAAAUUAUUAGCAAAGUCGGCGUAUUGGUAUAUGUGUCGUGUCUGGUAUCCGUGUCUGUAUCCGUGUUUCAUAGAUCCAAUCUAUCAUUUCAGAUAAGUAUUGAUAUAAAUGAUUCUAA